AUGGGGUUGGACCCGGCAGUCUUCGAGCCACCAGAGGAGGACGAGGAGACGUUGCAUGAGGAAGACGAAGUGCCGGAGGAGCCGUUUGCGCCAGAGGAACGAACGCCACAGCAGGUCCCGGAAGAACGAGUCCCUGAGGAGCGUGAAGAGACCCCCGAAGAGCGACACUAUCAGGAGCACAUGCGCGAGCGAGCGCAGGAGCGCGUGACCAAGACCUAUUCGUCAAUGGGCAGCCGGAACCGCAGCAGCCAGCUCGCAUCUCGCGCCCGACGCCUCUCCUUGCCAGAGGUGCAGGACGAGAGCCAGCGCUGCAGAGAGGCCUUGAUCGCCUGCGCCAAGGAGAUCUCCACCAAGGAGGUGCGGGAGAUGCGGAUGCUGAAGAAGGCCUUGCCGCAGGUAUCGCGGAUCCUGGAUGCCGUGUCCUUGCUCCUGGAUGGUGGAAGUUCGAAGAAGCUCCUGGCAGACUCGCUGCCGGCCAGGCUUGAGAGCUACAACCCCGGCACCAUGACCCUGCAGCAGCGGAACAAGGUGGCAGCCCUGCUUACUGCCGAGACAAAGCCAGAGGCGGUGGCCAAGUUGUACAAGCCCGCCGUGUCUCUGGCCAGGUGGUGCGAGUGCAUCACUGUGUUCCUGGCUCGAACAGAGCCAUUGCUGGAUGAGGACGAGCCUGAGUCUGGGCCAGACUACCCAGCUGCGGUGAAGCGGGUGUCGUCUCAGAUGUCGUCCCAGCCAUCCUAUGCGCAGGAGAGGGAGAUGCCCAGAAGGCGGGAGACCGGGCUGUUGGUGGAGCCCGAGUUGUCCAAGCUCAGUCCGUCCCAGCUCCAGGCAGUGCCCAAUCUCACCAUCACCAAGCCUGGCGUGGGCUCUGUGACCUUCCACGGGAUCACGGACUGUACGGACCUGGACGUGGAAAAAGACGUGGUCUUGAAGAGGGGCUACGUCUUGGUGUACCCGGACACCAAGAAGAAGCCCGCGGUGGGGCAGGGCCUGAACAAACAUGCCACGGUGACCAUGUUUCAAUGCUUUCCCCCGGGUGAGCCGGUGAAGACCUUGAGUGAUGAUGCAGUCCAGGAGUACAAGGACAAAAUCCGCAGGAUGACGGAGGAGAAUAGCGCUUGCAAGUUCAUCGACUACGACUGUCAGACAGGGGUCUGGAAGUUUGAGGUUCCGGUGCUCUCCUUCGCACCCCCGAACUUGCUGGGGGCUUUGAGGGAUCCCGAAGUCUCGCCCCAGUUCGGGGCAUGGCCAGUCUCGCCGCAACCCUCCCCGGCCCUCAGCUACCGAAGCCUGCGACCCUCCCCUCAGAGCCGGCUGCUGUCAGACAGCCUCCGAACACUGCACCUUGUGCUGCCAGCCCACCUUGGCCAAGUCACGGCGGUGCCUGUCAGGACGGGCCUUGAGCCCUGCCCCUGGUGCUCGCAGCCCACCUUUGCCGAGUCAUCGGGAUCCAGUUCCAAUGCCACCUCCGGCAGAGGACGCGCCUUGAGCCCUGCCCCUGGUGCUCGCAGCCCACCUUUGCCGAGUCAUCGGGAUCUAGUUCCAAUGCCACCUCCGGCAGAGGCUGACAGCCUCCGAACACUGCACCUUGUGCUGCCAGCCCACCUUGGCCAAGUCACGGCGGUGCCUGUCAGGACGGGCCUUGAGCCCUGCCCCUGGUGCUCGCAGCCCACCUUUGCCGAGUCAUCGGGAUCCGGUUCCAAUGCCACCUCCGGCAGAGGAGAGCCUUGCAGGACAGAUCAAUCGCAGCUGCACAAGCAUCAGUUCAAGUUAGAUGGCGAGGCGAAAACCAGCGCUGCCGAGCAGCAAGCGCAGAGCGAGCAAGCGAUCCUCAUGCGGCAGGGCCAGCUGCGGCAACUUGGCUUGCGGACGCGAGAGACCUUCAACGUGCUCCGCGCCAGCGGCCUCACGGAGGCCUUGCGACGCUGGCCCUCCCCGGAGACCCCGGAGCAGGCGUCGCCGCGGAAGGAGCCCAGCCUCGCUUCAGUGAUGGAAGAGCUGCCGGCCCUCUCCAGUCUCAUGGAGAAGACACCUCAAGCUGAAAGGGCGGAGAAGGAGAAGCCGGACGGUCCAGCACAUGAGCGCCGCAAGGCGAGCUCAAGCCGUGCCAGCCGCAGCAGGCGCCUCUCUGCCAGCCAGUCGGAGGCGCGGCGAUGCUCCAAGGCCUUGGCGAAGGUGGCGGCGCAAAUGUUCCUUGGAAGCGACGCUGGGUCCACGAGGCAGCUGAGGGAGCUGCGGCGCCUGCGGCUGCCGGCGCCGGUGCUGCAGCUCCUGGAGCUCCUGGCGCAGCUGCUGGGGGAGGACCCCAAGGCCAGCCCCACGGGUUUCAGGGUGGUGAUGGAGUCCACUCCCCGAAGCUAUGUGCAGACUCACUUCCUCAGCGACUCGCAAACUUUGAUCCGGCAACCAUCACGGCAGCACGGCGGGCCAGAGUUCGAUUUGCUGUGUCCAGCGUGCAGUGCGCUGUCCAAAUGGUGUGACUGCAUCAUGGUCUUCCUGUCGCGGACGGAAGACCUGGACUCGACGGAGCUGGAGUACCCCAGCGCUGGUGAGGAGGAAGCGGAGACUGUGGAGCCAGACCUCAGUAGCCUCAGUAGCAGCGAGUUGGCAGCGGUGCGGGAGUUGACGGUGACAAAGCCCGGAGUGGGAUCUGUGGUCUUUCAUGGCGUCACGGACUGUACAGAUUUGGACCUUCACAGGGACGUGUUUCUGAAACGGGGCUACGUCAUUGUGUACCCAGACCAAAAGAAGAAGCCGCCCCUUGGCCAUGGUCUGAACAAGCCGGCCACGGUGACCAUGUAUCAGUGCUUUCCUCCAGGCGAGCCAGUGCGGAGCGAGCAGGCAAUGAAGGAGUACAAGGAGAGGAUCCGUCGCAUGACAGAGGAGAAUAGCUCUUGCAAGUUCAUCGACUAUGACUGCGAAACCGGAGUCUGGCAGUUCGACGUCACGCGCUUUUGA